CAUCAUAGCAAAAACAACAUAUACUGCAAUACCAUAAUAAUAUCCUCAUCUUCAUUACUGUCUUUUUUCAAUUCCUCUCUUAGCUUUCAACUAUCAUCCUUUGAGCACUCUCCUCAUUUGGAUGUUGUUGUUUGCUUAAGAAGGAAAACACUCCUAGCUAUUUGUUUUGAUCAUCUCAAGAUGUCAAUGAGUCUCAAGAACUUGAACACAAGUUUGAAGAUGGAAGAUAAGGGUAUACCACUACCCCCACCACUACCCCCAUUAUCUAAGGCAAGCACAGCAAAACAACAAGGCAUAAUGUCCAUUCUUGGAUCAGACAACAACAAAGCAGCUGCAGCUUCCAUUAGAAGAACUCUUUCAGCUGAUAUGUCAUCCAAAAAAUGGCUUUCACAAAAUGGAUUCUAUUCCCCUAUGAAGAAAAUUGGCUCCUCAGAAGAGCUUGCUAAUCUUGGACAAGAUGAUGUUUGGAAAUCAAUCCAAAAUGGUAAUAACAAAUCAGAGCCAAUUACAUCAGUUGAUGUUUGGAGCUCUAUUUUAACUCAAAAGAAAGAUGACUCAUCAUCCACAAUUCCACCUCCUUAUAUUCACCCUCUUCUUAAAAAAUCCAGCUCUCUGACUGAGAAAAGUCUUGAAAUUUGUACUGAAAGUCUUGGAUCAGAGACUGGCUCUGAGAUUAACCUUUCCUCUUACCCACCCUCUGACACUGAUGAUGACAAAGAUGAUCAUCAACAACAACAACAAGAAAAAGAAUUCAUCUCUCACUCCUUUGAGGAAUUUCCAGUUGUUAAAUAUAACCAUAACAAAAGAUCAUCAUCUACUCCUAAGUCAUUCCCUCCUCCUAUUUCUUCCUUGGCUGCUGAGGAUAAGCCCUCUGUUCACAUGCAAUCUCACAGGCAAAAUGGUAGAUUGAUUCUUGAAGCUGUUUCUGUUCCUUAUCAAAAUCUUUUCCGUACCCAACGCGUUGAUGGCCGCCUUCUUCUCACCUUAAUCAGCACUAGUCCUACUUCAGAAACAGAGGAUAAUCAAGAAGUUGCAGAGUUUGAGAAAGUGUUCGACGAAAUGCAACAAGUUGAAUAUAAUAAACCACCUCAGUUAGACUAUGAUGGUUAUGAAGAAGAAGAUGAAUAUGAAGAGGAGGAUGAAGAUGAAGAGGAAGAGGAGGUGGAGGUGGAGGUGGAGGAGAAAGAAAAUGGGACAAAAGGGAUGCAAAUUGUGCUGGAACAAAAACCAAGAUUGUCAAAUGGUAGGAUGAAUGUGAACACAUCAACAUUGAUGAUGAAACAACUUAUGGGACUAGAGAAAAAGAAUCAUCAUCUAAAAUGGUCAAACAAAGAGAAUGACAUAACCCAAGUUCCUCAUUCACUUCCACCAAUUUCAGCAGCAGCUUCUUUCAAUGCCUAUGAGUAUUUCUGGAGGAAGAAUCCCACUAUUGUUAACAACUACAAUGAUGAUAAGCAGGUUGUUGUUUCAGCCCCCAAUAGUAUUACUCCCAAUGCCAAUGGUACUACUACUACAAAGAUAGCAUCUUAUGAGCAGAAAGAUUUGGUGCUAAUGAGAGGAAACAAAGGAAACAUCAAUUAUUUGGUGCCUUUGUUGAAAGGAUGCAAAGAACCAAGGAGAUCUCUACUCAUUUGGGAGCCUCACUGCAUUGCCACCUCCUAAUCAUCAUUGUCUAAUCCCAGUUUUAAUUAAUUAGAUCAUAAUAUAUAAUCACAUAAUAAUAAUAAUAAUAAUAAUAAUAAUAAUAAUAAUAAUAAUAAUAAUAAUAAUAAUAAUAAUAAUAAUAAUAAUAAUAAUAAUAAUAAUAAAUGGAGUAAUGUAUCAUUUAGAAAUGUGAUUUUUCCUCUCUUUGUUAGUCCGUCUAGUUUUUACUCUUUUGGUCAAAAAGAGUUUUCUGUAGCCAAAUAAACAAAGAGAGAGGGAGAGAGAUAUCAAUUAUAAAUGUCUUUGAUUUUAGAGGAUUGAACAAGGAAAACAUAGAGAAGAUUUUAGUUGUUUUCAAAAUCAUCAUCUUUUAUUUAAGCCUAUGUUGUGUGUUUUAGUUUAUGAUGAUAUUACUAAACUCUUAAAUAUAUGAGCCAAGUUUGACUUGGUGGUGUAUUGUCUGUCUAUCUCAGCAUCAAAUGCGAAUUCUCCUUCUUUCUUUUCCUCUUUUUUUUCUUCCUUUUGUCCUUAGCUUUUUGUCAUUCCAAUCUGAGGUGAAGGAAUUGAGUGGCUGUGUUUUAUGAUUAUAUCUCUAAGGUUUUAUGAUAUACUUCACAAUUUAGAUGUAAUGAUAUAUUGUACAAAUAUUUUGA